UUUCCCUUUUUUCCAGGGACUGACAAUAAGCGUAGUUUUAAUGUGUAUAUCUGGUUUUGUUGCAGUCAGAAACCAUCAGAGAGUGAAUGCGUUGCUGAUGGAACCAUCCUCACGAAAGAAGAAGUUUUCCCGGAUAAAUUUGUUGAACGUGAGAUCCUUUUACUGGAACUUCAUUGUUCUCGUCUUGAUAAAGGCUGCCAAUGGAAAGGAAAGUUAAAGCAUCGUCAGGACCACGAGAAUGUCUGUGAAUUUGGAGAAAUCCAUUGCGUUCAUCCCAAAUGUGGAAUUUUGGUGCAAAGAUCCGAGCUGGCUAAUCAUCUUGAAAACAGCUGCAGCUACAGGGAAGAGUUGUGCACUUACUGUGAAAAAAGGAUCGUGUUCGUUGAUAUGACGGCUCAUCACCAGACUGAUUGCCCUCAAUUUCCAGAGCGCUGUCCGGAAUGUGGGAAACAAGAUAUUCCCCGGAGUCAGAUAUCUACUCACUUGGAUCCAGCUGUAGGUGAUUGUGAAGAAAUCAAAACAUUGUGUCCAUUUAAGACAGUUGGAUGUAAAGAAACUAAGGCGAUGGCUCUAGAUGAAAGAGUGAAUCACCUUAAGGAGUGCACGCCAGAACACUUGACUUGUAUACUGCAACACGUAAAAGAGCUAUCCUUGCUCGUUAACAACACCUUGCAUCUUACGUCACUAAACAAAACUAAUGGCUCAGUUAAUCCAAUAGAAAAGCAACUCGAGCAGUCGAUGAAGCAAAUUGGAGCGGUUUUGGUGGAAACAAAGAGCCUGAAAUCAGAAGUAGAUCAACAAGAUUCUCGAAUCAAAUCUCUGGAGACCGUUAAAGACCAGUCUACUUUGCCUGUUAGCUCAAGCUGUAGUCAGAAAAAUGAGCUGCAAGAAGCGACGAGAAGAAUGCAUAAUCAAGAGGCCAAACUUGCUGAUCUUGAGGUAUUUGUGAUAGAAGGAAACAAAGUUAAUGAGGAUCUGGAGCGUCAGGUGAACCUGCUAAAGAGAGAGCAAGAAGGUUACAAGGAAACGAUUCGAAAAUUACAGCGGCAUGUCGAAUCUUUGGAGCACACAUUGAGCAUGCGUAAUGUGGUGUUAGCUGACUUGGAGGAGCAGGUUAAACAGAAGGAAAUCUCCAAUUAUAAUGGUGUUUUGCUUUGGAAAAUCUCCGACUUCGCUCGAAAGAAGCAAGAAGCAGUCACAGGAAAGCAAGUUUCCCUUUACAGCCCGUGUUUCUACUCCAGCAGUUAUGGAUACAAGAUGUGCGUGCGCCUGUAUUUGAACGGAGAUGGCAUGGGCCGAGGAACACACAUCUCAGUGUUCUUUGUCGUCAUGCGCGGUCAGUAUGACGCGUUACUCCGCUGGCCAUUCAGACAGAAGGUCACGUUCAUGUUGCUGGAUCAGGAUAACGUAGAGCACGUGAUCGACGCCUUUAGACCUGAUCCAAGCAGCAAUUCGUUUCAAAGACCAAAAAGAGAAAUGAAUAUCGCCAGUGGCUGCCCUACCUUCUGCCCUCUGUCGGAGUUGAGCAAUUACGCAUAUGUCCGGGAUGACACUAUGUUUCUCAAGAUCAUGAUUGAUACCGCAGACAUUUGAUAUUUUCUAGGAAUUAAAAAAGGACAUUGCAGUAAAAUAAAUACCAUAUUGCGAUACGAUACUGCAGAACUCUCAUAGCGAAAAGAAGAUAGAAUUUGAACAAUACGCCACCCCAUCAAUGAAAAUAUGUAGGAACUGGGAAAAUAACAUAAAACAUAAAAAUAACAUAAAACUAGCUUCAAGUAGGUAGAACAUAUUUAUAAAGCAAGGUGUAUCUAAACAUGCAGAAUUGUGUGAAUUUUGCAUAUAAAUUAGCAAGAGGGGCAACAGACAAGGAAGGAAGUGGAUUUUGAACAAGGAGAGUUGUGUCUGUAAUAAUUACUGCCAGGAGCCAAUGCUCCUGUUAGUGCAUAUUCAAACUAUAAACUUGUGCAUGCAUGAAUGAUUGUAUAUGCGGGAGUAAGUUCAUAUGUAUACGAAAAUAUCAUGUCAUGGAAAUUAAAUGUUAAAAAUUGUAUUAAGGUAUGUGUUGCUGUUUCCAUUUUUGUCUGGCAAUCACGCUUUUUACCACGGUCUUAUUACUAGUUAUAAUAGGUCGGCCAACUUCUGUCGAUCCUCAAGUUAUGAGACCAGUUUCAUACUGAUUCUCUUUGUCGAUUAUCAGUUGUAAUAACAGAGCUAGUUGUAAUAUGUGUUAGUAUAGAACCUU